CGUUGUGUGUUUAAAUAGAGGGGGCUUAAGUGGGCUAAGUUCGUUUUUGUCAUCGUUAUUGUCACACUGAUUGUGAUUGUGUCGAAAAUACAGGGUUUUUCGUGCAAUUUAAUACGCUAAUAUCAACGUCGGAGUUAUGUCCGAAACGCCGUUGCAUGCGACCAACCUGUCGUGCGGCCACACGUGUAUGUUUGGCAUCAGUUAUUAAUUCAAUCAGCCGCAGCCGAGCCGUAGCUGUAGCCGCAACAGCUGAGAGCAGCAGCAACAGCAGUCGCAACCAGAAGAGACCAAGUAUCGCAACUAGAGAGAGAGAGACAGAGGUACAGAGCAAGCGCCAAAGAGAGAGCUAGAAAGAGAGACGUCAAAGUCAAAGCGGGAGAGAGUGUUGUGUUUCUUACACGAAAGCUAAGCGAAGCGUUCUCCCCACCGCACACCGGCAUAUACGAUAUACGGCGUACAACAACGAUAACGCAACGCCUUAAACGAUCUCAUCAACAUCAUCAUCAUCAGCAUCAGCAUCAACCGCAUCGGGCCCCAUCACAUCCCAUCAAUAGCAGUAUCAGCAUACGACGCCGCACCGAUUCCGCUUGAGGAUCCGACACAUCAGCCCUGCUGCUGUUGUCCCGCGUAAGAGAGAGGGAGGUUAGAGGACGACAACACCGACAAAAUUUCACUGGAUAUAAUGGCCAAGGAUGAGGAGGACGAUCUGCUGCCCGACAAGGAUGCAGCCAAGGGCUUUUAUGCCAAAUACGAGCCCAAAGAGAUCCUGGGCAGGGGCAUCAGUUCCACGGUGCGUCGCUGCAUCGAGAAGGAGACGGGCAAAGAGUUCGCGGCCAAGAUCAUAGAUCUGGGCGCCACGACUGAGUCUGGUGAGACGAAUCCAUAUCAUAUGCUCGAGGCAACCCGACAGGAAAUCUCAAUACUACGCCAGGUCAUGGGCCACCCCUAUAUAAUUGAUCUGCAGGACGUGUUUGAGUCAGAUGCAUUUGUGUUCCUCGUAUUUGAGCUGUGCCCCAAGGGCGAGCUCUUCGACUAUCUGACUUCGGUGGUGACGCUCUCCGAGAAGAAGACGCGCACCAUCAUGCGGCAGAUAUUCGAAGGCGUCGAAUAUAUCCACGCCAAAAGCAUUGUGCACCGCGACCUCAAGCCGGAGAACAUUCUGCUGGACGAGAAUCACAAUGUGAAAAUCACGGACUUUGGCUUCGCCCGACAGCUACAGGAGGGCGAGAAACUUACAGAUCUUUGCGGCACGCCUGGCUACUUGGCACCGGAGACGCUCAAGUGCAACAUGUUCGAGGGCUCGCCCGGAUAUUCCCAGGAAGUAGACAUAUGGGCGUGUGGCGUGAUCAUGUUCACGCUGCUCGUCGGCUGUCCGCCCUUCUGGCACCGCAAACAGAUGGUCAUGCUGCGUAACAUAAUGGAGGGAAAAUACAGCUUCACCUCGCCGGAGUGGGCCGAUAUUUCAGAGGAUCCCAAGGAUCUGAUACGCAAAUGUCUAGUCGUUGAUCCUGCGCAACGUAUCACCGUCACGGAAGUAUUAAGACAUCCAUUCUUCAACCAAAUGCUGUUCGAGCAAAACAUUGAUGGCCUCAAGCGCAGCCUAUCGACCAAGUCCAGAAGAAUGAGUCGCAUCACCGAAAUCGCACUGGUUCUGAUGGGUGAUCUGACCAUGGCACGGCCUCCGCCCACGUCCGCCUAUGCCCUGGGCAGAUACCAGAACAGUGCUGCUUCUGCAUCUGCCAGCAGUGCCAGUGCUGCGUUCCGCUACGACCGAAUCAACAGCAACGGUGGCGGCAGCGGCAGCGGCAGCGGCAGCGGCGGCGGCGGCGGUGGUCCAAAUCCCUGCGGCUCCUCCUACCUCUACUACAGUGCGCCACAGAGCUCGUACUCGUCGAAUCGGUUGAGGGAUGUGCUGCCACCCCCCGACCUGGAUGACCCCUCCUCGUCGUGUGCCUCCGCCUCCUGUUACAAGACCCUAACGGCCACGGUGUACUAUCAGCAGCAGCCACAGCUACAGCAACAGCAACAGCAACAGCAGCAGCAGCACACGGCGCGGGCAAUAGCCGGCAAUAAUUAUGAAAGUGCCGCGCAGCAGCAGCAUUUAUUGCAUGCACAAGUGCAGCUUCGCAAACAGAGUCGCUUCAAUGCGCGCAAAAAGUUCCAAUUCGCCAUAAUCGUGAUACGCGCUGUCAUAAGGAUACGCCGACUGCGGUUCACCGCCGAGCCGCUGCACGUUGAGGAGGCCAUACGCGAUCCCUAUCGCGUCAAGGUGCUGCGCAAGGUUAUCGAUGGAUGCGCCUUCCGUGUUUACGGUCAUUGGGUGAAGAAGGGCGAGGGCCAGAACCGCGCCGCUCUCUUUGAGAAUACUCCGCGCACCGAGCUGCACGCGCUCUACAUCAACAAUCUCAGUCGGUAGAAGGAGAAGGGAAAGGGAAAGGGAAAGGAAGAAGCAGAGGAGAAAACAAGCAAACACACACACCAGCAAACGAAUCAGUAAAAGCUUAGUAGCCACUAAGCACCAGAGAGGAAGGAGAUCUAUAAGCAAGCAAAAGAGACACCAAAUCAAUUCAACUAAAUUCGCCGAAACUUUUCAUGUCGCUUCACUCACGCGCACUCACCCUCACCCUCACACUCACACUCAACCACAAACACAAACGCACACACACACACACAUGUACAUAGGAUAAGCUCUGAUUUGAGCUUUAGACUUUUUUUUGUCGUUUAAUUUAUCUCUCUCUCUCUCUCUCGCUCUCGCUCUGAAGCAGCCAGCAGCUCAUCUCUGGCAUAGAUUUUAAUUUAGAGUUUCUUGUGUCUAGCAGAUCCAAUCGGAAGAAGGGGGAGGAGAGCAAGAGGAAUGUAGAACCGUUGGCAGGUCUGCCGCAUUAGCCAUUGCCUAUCCAUGCCCACAAAUAUACAUAUGUACACAUGUAUUCUCUGUUAAUGAUUCUAUUAAAUUAUUUAAUUGUA